UCUCCAAGUUUUCUCUAUUACCGAUGUUGAUCGAUCGAUAAUCCUAUAAUUCUGUCAAAAUUUCAUUAAAAUAUGGAAAAGAAAUUCGUAUAAGGAGAAACUUAUAUUGUAAGAUAUUUCUCACAAGAGCCUGUUUGAACAAAGCAUUCUUCAUUCUCGGCAUUGAUGAUUAAGCGAUCACAAUGUGCAUGCGACGUUGUUAGCUUCGGAUGACAAUCAUUUGUUGACGACUAUUUGAAUCAUAGAACAACAUUCAUUUUAGUUUCAGUAGUAUCCAUAGGAUACUUUGUCACGUUUAUAUUCUCCUUAAUGAAGUCCAAUUUUGACCCAGUAACAUAUCUAUUGGGUUUAAGAAAUAAACGUUAUUUGUGUAUCGACGAGUUAUCUCGGACCAAAGAUUGAAAAUAACAAAGGCAUUGUGUGUUUGAGCGAAGAAAGAAGAGAAAGGUGGAAUUGAUGUAAAAGAGAAGGUAUGGAUGAAAAAGAGAAAGAAAAUAAAUUGGCGGCGGUGGAAGAAGUGGUAGUGAAAGAUGUUAUCUCCGUCGACACGACAGACAAAAAGUCUCAAGCAUACAAACAAUCAAAUACAUAUGCCGCGAAAAAGACUGUAGCACAAGGUAUGAUGGAUGUUGCCCUAAUUACCGCCAAUGCAAAUCAAUUAAGAUACUUGAUUGAAUAUCAACGAGAGAGCUCCACAUUUUUUCUGAUUCUGACUUUAAUCAUUAUCAGUCUCCUUCUUCAGGUGGCCGUAGGCGUCAGUUUGAUUUUCAAAGGUCGAUUUGACAUAAAAGGACAAUCGAAAUCGCUUCAGGCACGAAAAAUUAAUAAUUACGUGGUAAUUGGAGUUUUUCUAAUAACUAUCAUCAACGUAUUUAUUGCUGCGUUUAGUAUAUCUGUUCCUGUUCCUACCACAUUACCGCUGUUAAAAAAUAAUAAUUAACAGUGAUACAUGUAAAGAAGUAUUUUAUAUUGAUCUUUACGAAAACAGAUAGCUCUCUCUUAUUCUUUUAUCUUUGUAUAUGAAUAACUGAUAAUAGGAUAUCUGGAAUUGACAUAUCAAAUGUAUUAAUUUAAAUUUUUGUUAGAGAUAAAUUUCCUUUAUAUUCGAAUGUUCUAUCCUCUAUUAAAAUAUACUUUCUAU